AUGUCUCAACCGCACUAUUCCUUCAAGGAUGUGUUCCUCGUGGAAUGGCAAGGAUGCCGUCACACCGCGAAAGUUUUCAAUGUGAAGGAUUUCGAUGUAAUCGCCGACGGCAAAACAGACAGCAACAAGGUCGCUGGGGUGGUGAAGGCGCCCGGUCUUGAGAAGUUCGAAUCGGAUGGUUGGAUAGAGUUUCAAUACAUUAACGACUUGAUGGUCACAGGAGGUGGGACAUUCAACAGUCAAGGAGCUUUAACUAGGCCACACAAUAAAUGCCCCAAGAUGAAGAAAUGCAAGCUCUUACCAGCGUCCCUACGAUUCAUGUUUGUGACGGAUGCAACAAUUCGUAGCAUAUCUUCGAUGAAUAGCAAGCUCUUCCACAUGAACAUUGUGGGGUGCAAGAACUUGAAGCUCCAUUCCGUUAACACCUCCGCACCUGGGGACAGCUCUAACACGGACAAUAUCCACAUAGGAGACUCAAGUGGGGUGACGAUCUCCUGUUCAGUAAUAGGCACUGGGGACGAUUGCAUCUCUAUUGGCCCCGGCACCUCCAAUAUCUCCAUAUCCAACAUCUUAUGUGGGCCAGGACAUGAUAUCAGCAUCGGUAGCCUUGGAAAGUACCCGAACAAAGGAAAUGUGGUGGGCGUGAACGUGAGGAACUACACCAUCACAGGGACCACCAACGGCCUAAGGAUCAAGACAUAG